UAACUGAGACGAGAAAACAGGUUGAGGUUUCUCAUAAACUUCAGUUCAGUGUUGUUUAUGCAGGUGAGCGGUAGGCUAGAAAUGUGAAAAAUAUAUAGGUAGGUUCACUAUAGGCGUUGGUUACUCUCAACAACAAUCGACUCUGGCUGUUUGGCUUCGAGAUCGGUAUCAGAAGAAAUGCCCCGUUGGUCGUUUCGGAGGCAACUUAUUCUGACUUUGUCAUGUAUUUUAAUCGGUGGAGUAAUGUACCUUAACUCGAUCACCAGCAAUAGACGGGCAAGAAGUAACGAUGGUUUGAGAAAAAACUCCUUACUUGAUCUUCAGCGUAUCAGGAAAGAUAUUGAUAACAAGGACAGAAACUACGUGGUUUACAACAGAGUCCCGAAAUGCGGCAGUAUGUCGAUGACGACACUUUGUUAUCGCCUUGGUGGGGCAAACGGUUUCAAAGUCGCAAGUCCGUAUGAGGAUGGAGAAAAACCGAACAAAAAUGAAGAAGAAGAAGCAAACUUUGUCGAAUUCCUUCAUGAGCAGAGUCCGGGAUAUAUGUACAUCCGCCAUCAGUAUUUUAUCGACUUUACAAGAUUUGGCCAAAAGCAACCGCUUUAUGUGAAUAUGAUUCGUGAUCCCGUCUCGCGGUUCGAAUCUUUUUAUUAUUUUUCACGCUUCGGUAACGAACGGGGAGGCGGGGGCGCGAGCUCUCGAAUGAGCGAAAUAAGAAGGCAAGAGUCCAUAGACGAAUGCAUACAAAGAAGACGACAAGAAUGCAUCAAGCCAUAUUGGCAAGUCGUACCGUAUUUUUGUGGACAGGAUCCUGGCUGCAUGUCAAGGUCAAAGUGGGCCGUUGAUAAAGCAAAGCAAAAUAUAAAGGAGCAUUACGUGUUCGUUGGAAUACUAGAAGAUCUCGACAAUAGCUUGAAAGUAUUAGAAGCUAUCCUACCAUCUUACUUCAAUGACGCAUCCAAUAUUUAUCUAAAUCCGGAAAAUGAACGGAUGAAGCACGAAACACACACAAGGAAUAAACGAGAAACGUCAGAGGCAGCGAGGGAUUUUCUCAAAAGCGAAACUAGUUUAAAACUUGAAUACGACUUAUAUGAGUUCGUAAAAUCUGAACUUGAGAAUCUCAAAACUCUUGUACUGUGAUUUUGCUAUGCCAAGUUUUUUCUGAUGUGAAUGCUAUGAAACUUUGUUUGUGUUAAAUAAUAAAAAAAUAUACAUCGGACUUA